CCUCUCUCUGCAACCUAACCUAAAAAAAAACUUUUAAUCUCAUUUUUCAUGGCCUUUUGAGCUUCACCUCCAAUUUUAGAUUUUAUAAUUCUCCAAAGCUUGUUAUAUUGAAUUAAAAUCAUGGCCGUUGAGCUUAUGAGUUUUGCUAAAAUGGAAGAUCAAAUGGCUAUACAGGAGGCUGCAUCACAAGGAUUGAAGAGCAUGGAACACUUGAUUCGUCUCAUGUCUAACCAAUCUAAGCGAGCCGACUGCACCGACCUCACUGACGUCACUGUUUCAAAGUUCAAAAAGGUUAUCUCUCUUCUUAACCGGACCGGUCAUGCCCGGUUCAGACGCGGUCCAGUUCAGUCGUCGUCUUCUUUAUCCUCGGCGCCGGUCCAAUCUGGUUCCGCUUCUAUUUCUCGCUCCCAAAGCAUAAACCUAAAUACUGUAGCGGUGGCUCCGGUACCUGUAAAUCGUCCAUCUGUUGUGCAUCCUGUGCCAGCUCCGAUCGCGGCUGUUCCGGCGAGCUUUGUGCAGUCUCAGCCGCAGAGUGUGACUCUUGACUUUACAAAACCUAACAUAUUUAGCUCAAACGGUAAAAACACAGAGCUAGAGUUUAGUGUGUCUUCCAGCUCGUCUUUUAUGUCAUCUGCUAUAACUGGAGACGGCAGCGUUUCGAACGGAAAACAAGGAUCUUCGAUCUUUUUACCGCCGGCAGUCUCCGGUGGAAAGCCGCCGCUAUCUUCUGGUCCUUACAGUAAAAAGAGGUGCCACGAGCACGAUCAUUCCGAUGAUCUCUCCGGAAAAUUCUCCGGAUCCGCAAGCGGCAAGUGCCACUGCUCCAAAAGAAGGAAAAAUCGGGUUAAGAAAACCAUUAGAGUACCAGCAAUCAGUUCAAAAAUCGCUGAUAUUCCACCGGAUGAAUUCUCUUGGAGAAAAUACGGUCAAAAGCCAAUCAAGGGAUCACCAUAUCCACGUGGAUAUUACAAGUGUAGUACUGUCAGAGGUUGUCCGGCAAGGAAACACGUAGAACGGGCGACAGAUGAUCCAGCCAUGCUGAUUGUGACAUAUGAAGGGGAGCACCGUCAUAGUCAACCUGUUGCGAUUCACGAUAAUAUGUCCGGCGGUAGCGUUGGGUUGAUAUUCGAGUCGUCGUGAAAAGUAGGGAAAUUUGUAGGGAAUAAUAAUAAAGAGUUAGAAUAGGCAAAGAAAAGUUUUUAGAAUUUAGAUGGCUGAUUUGGGUUUGUAAAUUUUUCCUGGGGAGAUGAGAUAAAAUAGACAUGGGCAAAAUCUUAUUUUGCCAAUUCUGUGUUUAAAUUAAUUUAAAGAAAUUCUAAAUUUUUUAUUUGGACUUA